AUGGCAGCGACGGAGGUCACUCAUAUGGACACCAGUGUCAACACCACCAAAGUUGAUCAGACACCAAUGGAGACUGCCACCCCAGAGGGCAACGCUGACACCACCCCCGACGUGACGAUGAAGCUGAACGAUCCGGAGGCUACGUGUUUGGUUAGCGCCCAGUGCCAGCGGCUGAAAAUGCACGCAGCGGGCGUGGCAGCGUCGCUGCUGGCUUUGCUGGCAGCAAACGGCACCUCGGUGCUCCACUGUGUCUGCAGCCGAAUCGCCAACCUCACCGACGACGGCACCAGCUUCGGCAGCGACGGUGAACUAGUGGUGUGGAACAACUUCUGCGAAGGUGUCGGUAAUUACACGCUUUUCGAAACGUGCGAGAUCUUCGAGCCCCCGUCCAUCGCGCUGCCAGCUAUCGCACACCUGGUAGAGAGCAGCCCGAGAGGCGAACCCCCGCAGGAUGCAGACGGAGGGGUGGAGUGCGGCGUCGCCCUGGAGGGGAUCCGCGGCAUGACGGAGGACGAGCUGUGGCGACUCCUCGGGGACCUCCCGUGCCACAUCGCAGCAGACUGCAUCGACUCCUGCUCUGCACAGGGGUUGAACGACACGGAAUGGGAUGUGGAAACGCUGGAGAACGACCAUCUGAGGCAGUCUGCCGUGUCCCAGUUGCUGGAUGCUAUUCGACGCAUCUCAAGAGCCAUACUCUACCGGUUUGACUGUUCCCAGAAAGAAGAAGACGAUGUCCUUCGGUCGUGGAGGUUGAACGAAACUGGGUUCCAGCCCGAGGUGUACCUGGAACAACGCUCCAGCUACUGGCGUGACGUCGCGCAGCUGCUCACACUUGGCGUAGGGCGUAUCUCACAGCUGUUCGUGCCGCUCGCAUACCAACACAUGGCUGUCCACCCGACUGGUCAGCGACUCCACGAGUGGAUUAAAAACAUGAAACGUCUGAGAGACAUGCUCCACGCGAAAUUAAGCCUCUGGGCGCACGAUGCGCAAUCCGUCAGCGAGCAGAUGGGGAACUGCAAGGUGGAAGAAGACAGUAACAAUCCUGGGGAGUACCUAAUGAGGUAUAAGCCAGUGUGCUUCCAUUCAUUUGUCGGAACUCAGUGUGAUUCGUGA